GACUUCAAGGACAUUUCGGUACUGUAGAUAUCGCUACUUUAUCUUGUUAGGGACACUAUGUAUUAGCUUUUAUGACCCUUUAUCACACACCUAAUGAUGACUAUCGUGAACCGAAUGAGCUAGAAAAAUAUAAAAAUCCUAGAAAAAGAAUGUGUUGUCAACUAUUUGCUAGUUGGUCACAACUGAUCCACAACAGUAUUUUGUAAUCGAUCGAUUUUCAUCAUCAUUGCCAUAGCACAACAGUUGAACAUUGAAAAAUCUGCAAAAAAAUGUCCCUGCUAAAUCGUUUGUUCAAUGUGGACGAUGUCCGUUAUCAUUAUUAUUAUCGUGAUAUACCAGCCGGCAAUUAUACAUGGACACAUGAUUUUAGUAAAUUCCCCGGUCUACAAAUGCAAUUACCCGGCGAAGCAUUUGUUCGACAAUAUACACGUGAAAUUGGUCAUGCAUCCACUGAUUAUUGGCAUUAUUCUAUUUAUAUAUCAAUCGGUUAUAUUGUCACAAUAUUUACAUUGAAAUUUUUGAUGAAUCAACGUGAAAAAGGUUUCGAUUUAAAACGUGAAUUAAUACUAUGGAAUUGGUUUCUGGCCGCAUUUUCAUUUAUGGGCACCGUACGUUGUUUACCCGAAUUCUGGCAUGUUUUAAUCAAUGAUGGUUUUUUUGCUUCAUAUGCUAAAAAUACCUAUGUACAGGAUAUCCGCAUCAAUACAUGGUAUUGGUUUUUCACCAUAUCGAAAGCAGCGGAAUUAAUCGAUACAUUGUUCAUCGUAUUACGUAAACGACGCCUGAUUCAAUUACAUUGGAUUCAUCAUACAUUGACAUUGAAUUAUUCAUGGUUUGUUUUUAUGGAUGUACCAUCCACUGCACGUUGGAUGGUCAAUAUGAAUUUUAUCGUGCACACAUUUAUGUAUAGUUAUUAUGCAUUGACUGCAAUGGGUUAUCGUUUACCACGUCAAGUUAAUGUUACAUUGACCACAUUACAGAUUGUUCAGAUGCUUUUUGGUUUCUACAUUCAUAUCGAUUGUUUACGUUUAAAAUUAAUGGGCCAACCAUGUGAUGUCAGCAUGGCCGUAGCGGUCACUGGAUUUUCACUAUACGCAUUGUUUUUCCUGUUGUUUAUGAAUUUCUUCAUUCGUACCUAUAUUAUACCGAAUUCAAAAAAAGCUGUCAAAGCUGCAAUGGCAAAGAAACAAAAUAAUGAAAAAAAAUUUCAAUAACCAAAAAAAGUACAGACCUUAUUUUUCAUCAUUUAC